GCGGGACGCGGCGGGCCCGGGCGGCCCAGCUCCACCGGGGGCGCCCCCAAACUUUCACCCUCCCUCCGCUCCAAAAGUUGAGCAGUUUCGUGACGUCAGGGCCUGCGCAGCCAAUGGGCGCUGCGGGUGAUAUUUUUGGGAGGGCGGGGGGAGGGGUGGCACGGUGCCGCGGGCGCUCGCCCGGCUGCCAUGCACAGUGAAUGGAGAGCGGGCGGCCGGCGAGCGCAGCGCCGGCGGGGAGCGCAGCCACCUCCGGCCACACCGGCGCCUCUCGCCGCCUCCCGGUCUCGGCUCCCCCGGUGCGGGCCCGCGGCAGCAGCAGCCGAGGGGCGGGAGGCAGCGCCUGAAGAGCUCGCAGCGGGGUGGCUUUUGCCAGCCAUCUCCUCCGCGGGUUACCUGCCCGGCCCAGGUGGGGCGAUGCAGAGCGGAGGAGGCUGCUUUGGAGAUUGCCGCGGCUUCUGAUGGAUGUUUUGUGUGUGUUUACCUCCGCUCCCGGUUUCUCUUUCAUCUGAGGACGCAUCUGGCUCAAGCUCUGUUAAACUAUCUGCCUUCUGGUACCCUUCGCAGAUAACAGAAAGAAACCUGAGCCCGAAAGGCAAUUCCCCACCUUCUUCCACCUAACGUAACCUUUUCAGGCGCCUUUGAAGAGGCGUUUCAUCUUUAAGGGCCGGCUGCUUGCACGCACUUUUAUACCCACCGAAGCGAUCGAGAAACCAUGUUGUCGGGUGGAAGAAGUGCGUUUCUGUACCUUGGAAUGGUCUUGAGCUUUUGGAGCUCCGCAAGUUGGAUGCCUGUUGGAGGAUGCCCGCAUAAAUGUACGUGUAUUGCUUCCAACGUGGAUUGUCAUGGACUAGGACUCAAAACUGUACCGAGGGAUAUUCCCAGGAAUGCAGAGAGACUUGAUCUAGAAAAGAAUAAUAUCACAAGAAUCACGAAGACAGACUUCACAGGACUGAAGAAUCUCCGUGUCUUACACUUGGAAGAAAAUCAGAUUAGUGUGAUAGAACGUGGAGCGUUUCAGGAUCUAAAACAACUCGAACGGCUGCGUCUGAACAAGAAUAAAUUGCAAGUUCUUCCAGAGCUGCUUUUUCAGAACACACAGAAGUUGACGAGAUUAGACCUGAGCGAAAAUCAGAUAAAAGGAAUCCCUAGAAAGGCCUUUCGAGGAAUCAUUGAUGUGAAGAACUUGCAACUGGACAACAACCAGAUCAGCUGCAUCGAAGAUGGAGCCUUCCGAGCCCUGCGCGACCUGGAGAUCCUUACUCUCAACAAUAACAACAUCACCCGCAUUCCUGUUACCAGUUUCAAUCACAUGCCAAAGAUCAGGACACUGCGGCUCCACUCCAACGUCCUGCACUGCGACUGCCACCUGGCCUGGCUGUCGGACUGGCUGCGGCAGCGACGCACCAUCGGCCAGUUCACCUUCUGCCUGGCGCCCGUCAACCUGCGCGGCUUCCUGGUGGCAGAGGUGCAGAAGAAGGACUUUGUCUGCUCUGGUUCCCCGUCUGAGCCUCCGUCGUGCAGUGCCAGUUCCAUCACUUGCCCAUCUGCCUGCACCUGCAGCAACAACGUGGUGGAUUGUCGAGGAAGGGGCUUAACAGAAAUUCCAGCUAACCUGCCAGAGGACAUUUGGGAAAUACGUUUGGAACAAAACCUCAUCAAAGUCAUUCCCCCUGGAGCUUUUACUCAGUACAAGAAGCUGAAGAGAAUAGACAUCAGCAAGAAUCAGAUUUCUGACAUUGCACCUGACGCAUUCAAAGGCCUGAAAUCUCUCAUUUCAUUAGUGCUCUAUGGAAACAAGAUCACGGAGAUUCCCCAGGGCCUUUUUGAUGAUCUUGUGUCUCUGCAGCUGCUGCUUCUCAAUGCCAAUAAGAUCAACUGCCUGAGGGUAAACACGUUCCAAGGUCUGCAUAAUCUCAAACUGCUAUCUCUUUAUGACAACAAACUGCAGACCAUCAGCAAGGGGCUCUUUGCACCUCUCCGAUCGAUCCAGACUCUACAUUUAGCUCAGAAUCCAUUUGUGUGCGACUGCCAUUUGAAGUGGCUGGCUGAUUACCUGCAGGAUAAUCCGAUAGAAACCAGCGGCGCUCGAUGCAGCAAUCCGCGUCGCCUUGCCAACAAACGAAUCAGCCAGAUCAAGAGCAAGAAGUUCCGCUGCUCAGGGUCAGAGGAUUACAGAAGUAAAUUCACCGGGAAGUGUUUCAUGGACCUGGUCUGUCCUGAGAAGUGUCGCUGUGAGGGAACAAUUGUAGACUGCUCUAACCAAAAGCUCACCCGGUUACCCGCUCACCUUCCUGAAUACACUACUGAUCUGCGUUUGAAUGACAAUGAUAUUUCUGUUUUGGAAGCUACGGGACUCUUCAAGAAAUUGCCCAACCUCAGAAAAAUAAAUCUAAGCAACAAUAAGAUCAAGGAGAUCCGAGAAGGCACGUUCGAUGGAGCUUCAGGAGUGCAGGAGCUGAUCCUGACUGAGAAUCAACUGGAAUCGGUGCAUGGACGAAUGUUUAGAGGCCUCACAGGGCUAAAGACAUUGAUGCUGAGGAGCAACUCUAUCAGCUGUAUAAACAACGACACCUUUGCUGGACUGAGCUCGGUGAGGCUGCUUUCUCUGUAUGACAAUCACAUCAGCACCAUCACGCCCGGAGCUUUCAGCACUUUAGUCUCUUUGUCUACAAUUAAUCUGCUGGCCAACUCCUUUAACUGUAACUGCCACUUGGCUUGGCUGGGAAAAUGGUUGAGGAAGAAGAGAAUUGUCAGUGGAAAUCCACGCUGCUUGAAACCCUUUUUCUUAAAGGAUAUUCCAAUCCAAGAUGUAGAUGUCCAGGACUUCACCUGCGAUGGUAACGAUGAAAGCAGCUGCUUGCUUUCCCCUCCUUGUCCUUCCCAGUGUACCUGCGUGGACUUGGUGGUUCGGUGCAGCAACAAAGGGCUGCGGAUAUUGCCUAAAGGAAUUCCCAAAGACGUGACCGAGCUAUACCUGGAAGGAAACCAUCUGACUGCUGUGCCGAAGGGGCUCUCCGCCUUUAGACACCUGACACUGAUUGAUCUGAGCAACAACAGCAUAAGUGUGUUGGCCAAUUACACCUUCAGCAAUAUGACUCAGUUAUCAACGCUCAUCCUGAGUUACAACAGACUUCGGUGCAUCCCGGUCCACGCGUUCAAUGGGCUCAGGUCUCUUCGGGUGCUGACACUCCAUGGAAACGAUAUUUCCAGUGUUCCUGAAGGUUCUUUCAACGACCUGAUAUCCCUUUCCCAUCUGGCUCUGGGUACCAACCCACUGCACUGCGACUGCCACCUGCGCUGGCUGUCCGAGUGGGUGAAGGCGGGAUACAAGGAGCCGGGCAUCGCGCGCUGCAGCGGCCCCGACGCCAUGGGGGACAGGCUGCUGCUCACGACGCCCACCCACCACUUCCAGUGCAGAGAGCCGACAGAUAUCAGCGUGGUGUCCAAGUGUAACCCCUGCCUCUCCAAUCCGUGUAAGAACAAUGGGACAUGCAGCAAUGAUCCAGUGGAGUUUUAUCAAUGCACCUGCCCUUUUGGCUUCAAGGGUCGAGACUGCAGUGUGCCCAUUAAUUCCUGCAUUCAAAAUCCAUGUCAGAAUGGAGGGACCUGCCACCUCACUGAGGCAAAUAAAGAUGGAUUCAGCUGUUCUUGUGUCCUUGGGUAUGAGGGGGAAAGGUGUGAAAUAAACCCAGAUGACUGCGAAGACAAUGACUGCGAGAACAACUCUACGUGUGUGGAUGGGAUCAACAACUAUGUCUGUCUCUGCCCUCCUAACUACACAGGUGAACUGUGUGAUGAGGUGAUUAACCACUGUGUUCCUGAUCUCAAUCCAUGCCAACAUGAGUCCAAAUGUCUUCCCCUUGACAAAGGAAUCAGAUGUGAGUGCUUGCCGGGUUACAGUGGAAAACACUGUGAAAUAGAUGAUGAUGACUGCGUGGGCCAUAAGUGUCGCCAUGGAGCCGUCUGCGUAGAUGCUGUCAAUGGCUACACCUGCGUCUGUCCUCAGGGCUUCAGCGGACUCUUCUGUGAAACUCCUCCACCGAUGGUUCUGCUCCAGACCAGCCCCUGUGACAACUACGAGUGCCAGAACGGGGCUCAGUGCAUCGUGGCGCACCAGGAGCCCGUCUGCCGCUGCCUCGCCGGCUUCGCCGGGCAGAAGUGCGAGAAGCUCAUCACCGUCAACUUUGUGGGGAAGGAUUCCUACGUGGAGCUGCCAUCAGCCAAAAUUCGCCCUCAGGCAAACAUCUCCCUCCAGGUAGCAACAGACAAGGACAAUGGCAUCUUAUUAUACAAAGGAGACAAUGAUCCUUUGGCUCUGGAGUUGUACCAAGGACACGUGAGGCUCAUCUACGACACGCUGAAUUCUCCACCUACCACAGUAUACAGUGUGGAAACAGUAAAUGAUGGGCAGUUUCACAGUGUGGAACUUGUGAUGCUGAACCAAACUCUGAACCUGGUGGUGGACAAGGGAACUCCCAAGAGCCUAGGAAAACUCCAGAAACAGUCUUCUGCCAGCCUCAACACACCCCUCUACAUCGGAGGGAUCCCGACCUCCAGUGGACUAUCUUCACUGCGCCAGGGUGCAGAUAAGACACCAAAUGGUUUUCAUGGAUGCAUUCACGAUGUCCGCAUCAAUAACGAGCUGCAGGAUUUCAAGGAUUUACCACAGCAGUCACUAGGAGUCCUUCCUGGCUGCAAAUCCUGUAACAUCUGCAAGCACGGUAUUUGCCGGUCCCUAGAGAAAACAAGUGUGAUUUGUGAAUGUCACCCAGGCUGGACGGGGCCCCUGUGUGACCAGGAAAUUGGAGACCCCUGUCUUAACCACAAGUGUCUGCACGGGAAGUGCGUGGUGGCCAACGUUGCUUAUACGUGUAAGUGCGUGGAGGGCUACACGGGCACGUACUGCGACAAGAAGAACAACUCCUCCAGCCCCUGCAGGAUUUUGAAAUGCAACCACGGGCAGUGUAAAAUCUCUGAGCACGGGGAACCCUACUGCGAAUGCGAACCGAACUACAGCGGAGAGCACUGUGACAGAGAGAAUCUCUGCCAAGGAGAGAUCAUUCGAGAAGUGGUCCGUAAGCAGCAGGGCUACACGUCGUGUGCCACGGCCUCCAAAGUGCCGCGCCUGGAAUGCCGCGGCGGCUGCGGCAGCGGGCAGUGCUGCGUCCCGCUGCGCAGCAAGAGGCGGAAAUACUUCUUCCAGUGCACGGAUGGAUCCACCUUCACGGAAGAACUGGAGAGACACGUGGAAUGCGGCUGCUCGAAAUGCGUAUAAGCCGUUCUCCAGUCUCUUGCCACUUUAAUCAACUCAGAAGCGCUACCGAAAUGGGACCUAUUUACUUUCAGAGUGAAGAAGAAGAAAAGAAUUAUUAAGUAUAUUGUAAAAUAAGCAAAAAAUAGAACUUAUUUUUAUUAUGGAAAGUGACUAUUUUCAUCUUUUAUUAUAUAAAGUAUCGCACCACUUUGGGUAUAUGUAUCAUAUAGUGAGUUAUUUUUACCAUGGAAGUUUUUUAACAGUUGUAAGAAAAAAAAAAAAAUUCAAAACUUAAAAUUAAAAAAAAUAUAUAUAAAGAAAACAUAGCCGAACAGGAGAAACGUGGGGGUGACUUUAUGUGUGUGCACAACGAACAAACAUAAAGGUGUUCCAAGGACCUGCCACGGAACUGAUCCGGGCUGAAGAACUCUCCGAGGCUCUGGGUGGGUGUCCCGGGAGCGGAUCCCGCGACCCACAGCCGUCCCACCUGCUCGGGCACCCCGAGAAUCCUCCCCCUCCAUCCCUUGCUCCGCCUGACGCUGCCGACGCCCUUUGCUCCUGUACAGUGGCUCCGCUUGCUGGUCUUGAACUGGUUCCCUACAGCACCGCCGUAGCUUGAGGCUGACUACAUUAUUUGGCUAUUGUAAUACUAGAAUGCAUUUUUUGCUGUGUAUGUUGUAUUGAUCUGUGUUCACAUUGUAUUCUUCAGCAACUGUAUCUAUAGAGCACAGGCAGCUUUAUCCAAAAGAAGGAGACGGAGGGAAAGAAAGUGGGGAAAUAUAUGUCGCUUUGGGAAAUUUGGGGGCAAAAUGUGAAAUAAGUGCUAAGUAACGCCUAAUAAAUGACAUAGUACUUUUGUGUAAACUCCUCAGCUAUGUUAUUUCCCAAGUUUGUGCCUUCUUGCUCCCAGCCUUGAGCCCUUUAUUGUAUAUGAAAUAUAAGGAAUGCACUGCUACAUAGUUUGUCACGCCUUGACACUUUAACUUGUAAAGAGCAUGAAAAUACUGCAGGUGCCAGAACGUAGCUGCAGCGCAACAGCUUUUACUCCCAGUGUCGCUUCAGCCAGGGGUGUAAGCUGGGCUGUAGCUGCCUGUUCAUCCGCACGCUGGUACCCAGCAGCUGGCUGCUCUUCCACAGCUUUUUUAAACGAGCAGAAGUUGCACUAUACCCACGUGAAGGUAUUCAGCUGACAUUUGUCCACCGUAGCAGCCCUCUCUGCACAGGGAGAGGUGUCACAGCUCCGUCCCACCCUCUUCUCACCCUUGGUGCAGAUCGACCGGUUCAGCCAAAGCUUUUCCACCUGCACAGCUUCAUGUCCUGCACUCCUGCCUCCCAAAGGGCUCCAGUAACUUUAGCUGUGCUCAGAGCAAACGCUGAAUAUGAAAUGGAAAUCAAUGCAGGGAUAAAUUCUCACUGUGAAUGUGAGGCAAAAGUUGACUCUGGGAGUAAGUUUGAUGAAUACCUUGAAAUUUCUGUUAUUAUAUAUGUUUCAAACAUGCCCAUCAACAACCAUCCCAUUAUCAGUGUAAUGUCUUUCGCUAAUAUAGCAAGUAUCAUGGUCCUUUCUUCAAUUUCUCUUCCUCUAAGUGAGGUGAAGUCAGAGGUGAUUCCUAAUAGCUAUAAGCUCCUUUUGGGUACGCUCCCUGGUCUCGCCAAAAAGAUUCAGCAAAGGAUGAGUAGGAAAGUUGAAUCAAGUAAAUGGGGCUUUUGUUUGACUGGGGCUUUGGAAAGGUGCACAGAAUGCAUCCCUGCCAUGACAGGUAUGAAAGUUUAUUUCCCAUUAAAGAAAAGUGACAAUCUAGCCAUCACGCACCCAGAAAGCUCUAACAUGCUUCAUGUUCUUUAAUCUCUCCCUAACUGCAACACUACAUAUUUAUUUCUUACUACCAGAGCAAAUUCAGCAGAAGAGACAUAACCAAUAUAAUGGCUAUCUUGCAAGAUAAAUAUCAGUAUGUGGAGCCUGCGAUCAGUGAAACAAAACAAUCGCUAGUUAACGUGCCAAACUGAUGGAAACAGUACAGCUCGAGCCAGGGGAAAACUGACCCUGUGUCUAAGUUCUGUGGGCUGCCUUUUAUUUUCAAUAUAACGUCAGAAGCUCACACCAGCCAGAGUUUGUGGUGUACAACAAAAAUCACCCAAACCCACAACCUACAGGUUUUAGAAAUUCCUGCAAGUAACUGCAGACCGUUGCGCAAAUAUGUGCCUGGCACACCACUGCCAUUAAUGUUUCAUUCCUGCUUAGAACGCUUCAAUUCCUAAAGAAGCAGCUGCUAUGGUGCCAGGCAGAAGAAAUCUGGACUGCGCAGUGGCUCACAGGCCCUCCGUGAGCUCCGCUGUGCGAUUUGUAGCCACUAAACUGCCCAGGCCUGCAGGAACACAGCCCCUUUUGAACCCCUAAAACUGUGUUCGCUCUGUCCCUGAGCAGCAAUGCGCACGAGAAAGAAGGUGACAUUUACUCGUGGCCUCGCACCUGCUGGAGGGUGUUUUAAAAGGAAUGGCCUUGACUGGCAAGGCAAAAGCCAUCGUCUUAUUAACACCUCACUCUGGGAUUUAGUUAAGCCAAGCCUUGCAGCAAAGUGAGCAGCAACAACUGAGCAAGGCUGUCCCUUUUCUGUCAUGGCACUUCAAUGUUAACCGUUGGGAUAAAGGACUAGGAAUAUCUAUUUUGUAACCAAAUGAUGCAAUUUUUGUAUGCUUUUAGGCAGCACUUGCCAUUGGAUAGUGAUGCUUUAUGUCACUGAUUCUCUAUUGUGCUAUAGAAUUAUUUUAUGUUAAGAAGAAAAUAAAAAGCAUUCAGAUGUGCCAAAAAUGUGAGGUUAACUGAAGUGUAAUUAGCUCUGAAAGUUCCUCUGUAACCUGCCUAAUGUUACAAUAGAUUUCAAGAACUGCGAGUACAAUGCAGUAGUUUUUACCUCUAUAAAGUUUUAAUAUAAAGUGAAGAAAGAUGCUUACCCUUAAAAAAAUGGCAAUGCAGACUGGUGUGAACUGAUGUAUUUUAUUAAUAGAUUCUCAUUGUGAUGUAAGUUUAAAUAAAUUGUUGGGUUAUGGAAGAUUGUAA